AUGUUUCCUGGAGGCUAUGACUCCAGUGCAAACUUCCGCCAGAUCGUCGGGCGAUUCAUCCAUGCCGAUUCUGGCAACGCAAGCCAGGCUUUGCAGCCGUCUGCUAACUGGUACCUGGCUCCGUCUGUAGCUGCCUCUGCUGAGAAUCAACGCCCAUGUCUACUGAACCGGAAAAGGAGAGCGGUCCAAUCCCGAGAAUUGAGAACCCAAGAGAUGCAUCACGGAGUUACAAGAGCUACAGAAAUCACCACAAAGUUGAUACACGAAACAAUUCAAUAUUUGCAAGUGGUAUCUGAUCACAUCUCAUCUUUCGACAAAAUUUCCUCCAGGGAGUGGGCCACGAUGCACCUCGCCACCCAGCUGCUGCAGAGCAGAUACGAAGAUCAUGUCGCGGGGGAGAACAUUCAAGCAAAUGCUCCAUCCGAUUUUCAUGCUGCACAGACACAGCCAGAGCUUAAGUGCGAGAAGUGUGCUGCUGCGGAUGAAGAGCGGCUGUAUGAUUAA